UUGUCACUGCUCUGCCCGCAGAGCAUCGUUCUUGUUCCCGGUUUAUUGUGUUGAUCCUUCAGAGUUUGGUUUGGUAUCUGAACUUUUUACAUGAUCUAUGUCACCCAGCAAUGCAGCAUAUCUCCCAACAAGAUUUGGUGUUCUGCAUCUUCAGUGUCUGACAUCUCUAUGUUCCAUGGGGAUUCACAUUUUUUAUGCAGCUCCUUCUGUGUUCUUCUGAAUAUAUAUGUAUUCUGGUGCUGUCUGAUUUAAUCUGGUACAACAGCACAUAUUACCUGAUACAGUCAGUUAUCCCUCUUAUCAAGAAUGGGGUAGAUCAUAAGAGUUCAAGCGCAUCUUCAAGACUGGCCUUCUCUCCAGGUCAAAGAAGAAUUGCUGAAAUUUUUCGCUGGUAAGGUUGGUACAGACUGCCGAGAUUCAGAAACCUCUGAAGAAUUGGAGGAUUAUAUUAUAUGAUCUCAUACUGUCAUACAUGUAUCUUAUCUGAUAUCUCUGAAGAACAGGGCUCACUUUCUGUCAAUCACAAAUUCACAAUCCAUGCUGGGUUGGUUGCAUGCAAAAUUGAAAUGCAAAGUCAGAACCCUGAAAGAUUGUGACAUGGAAUGAAACUCUUUGAGGGAAAAUUUGGAAGAAACAACCUGAUGUAAAUCCUUCUUUUUUUUUCAGUCAACAAUUCAUCAGUUCUUCUCGAUACGAAUUUGACCUGAACUGUUCGUUUGUUUGCAGGCAAUCAUGUCCAAACGACAUGUAGUACCAACAGGACUACAGGAGUAUAGUAUCAGUCUUUCUUUUUCAAACUUACACGCAUUUCUUUCAUCAACGAUGAGCAUGGCAGCUAACUUUUUUUUUUUUUUCAGUUAAAAGCGCUUUUAUUCAGCUCCAUGAAAAGACAUGAUAAAUACUAGGCCCUGAGAAAAACGACGAUGACAAAGCUGCGUAGUGUACUUCUUGUUGCAAAAAUAACACUGAAACAAAGCACUUUAUCACACGUACGUCCAUGGGUCCUCCAUCAGACACGCAAAGACCUGUCCAUGCUGCUUCCAUGCACAUCCAAAAAUUGAAGUUCAGCUAAGAUUCAAAACCAAAAUUUCCUGUAUGGAAAAACUCGGAAUCACAGGCAAUCUUUUUUGCUUACUAGUUAGAAGAAGAUUCAAAUGCACCUAUUUUUCUUGAGAAGAAAACUCAGAUCAUAUGCAUUUCUUUGUCAGAAAAUACUCAGAUUCAGAGGCUCUGAUGAAUCAGAACGACAAGAAAAAAAAUUAAGAUUCAAUAUCAAUUUUUUUAAUUAAAGAAAAACUCAGAUUCAGAGGCAAAAUUUUCUGAAAAGAAAACUCGGCUUCAGUUGCAUUUUCUUCUGAAAAGAGCUCAGAUUCAGAGGCUCUGAUGAGUCAGAAACUCAGAAAAAAUUCAGAGGCUCUAUGCUUUUGUUUUUUCUUCAAACAAAACUCGGGUUCAGAAGACAUUUCCCUUCUUUAAACAAAACCUCAUACCCAGAGGCUCUGAUAAAUUCAGAACAGUAACAAAAAUUCAGACAAGAACAAGAGGCCUGGAUGAUGAGGCGCAUCCUUCGAAGCUACAGAAGCUUAGGGUUAGUGACUGUGUGUGCGUGUGUGAGGUCAUCACCACGCCUCGCCUUUUGAGAAGAAGAGGAGGAGGAAGAAGAAAAGAUUUCCACCAUGCAAUUGCAAAGUAGCAGCAGCCACUGUCUGUCCUGUGUCCACUGAUCACUUCUCCUUUCGGUGCUCGUCUCGGCUCGCCGGCCGGCAACGGCCGGCGAGCGUGCAUGGCGGGGCGCUGUCGGCUCCGGCUGGCUCCGGCCUCGAGGAAAGCCGAGCACAAAAAAGUUCAGGUCCUAUCCUAGUCUCAUUAUCUAAUCCUGUUCUUCAGUUUUGAUUAGUUUUGAUGUAGUAUAUGCAUGAGCUUUUUCAUGGUUUCAGUGUGAUGUGUAAUUAGUCAUGUGCUCAUGUGAUGUAUGGAGCUGAUUAAUUAUGGUGUUAGUUUAUGGUUUAUGGAUUAGUAUGGUGUUUGAUUAUUCAGGAUGUAUAUGCAGAGAAGGUCAACAUGGCAUAACAGGAAGAUUUUAAGCACACAUCAUCUUGUUCAGUUAAAUAUUCAGUCUGAUCUGCAGCUGAUUUUAUUAUGGUAUUAGUUUGUGGAUUAGCAUGAUGUUAAUUAGUCAGGUUGUAUAUGCAGAGAAGGUCAACAGGCAUAACAAAAAGAAAAUUCAGAACAAACUCUCACACACAGACACACACCAUCUUGUUCAGUUUGAUCUGCAGCUGAUUAAAUAUGUCAUUGAAAUUAGCAUGAUGUUAAUUGGUCAGGUUACAUAUAUACAUAGUCAAACAAGCAUAACAAAACCAUUUUAUGCAGAACAAACUCAUGCCCACACCAUCUAAUUCAGAGAUGGGAAAAGGCUCACACAAGCACUCAUCAUCACCAUCCACAAAAAAUUACUUCACUUUGUAGUGGACUAGACUAGAUCAGUGCAUUGUUCAUCAUCUUCUUUUAGGUGUUGACAAAUAGGUGAGGGCUCACACUGACCACCCUUAUGUGAUCAUCAUGAUGAUGGUGGUGGUGGCAUCAGCAAAGCUCUCUUUUCUGAAUUUUUCUUUCAGGGUUCCAGGUAGCCGAAAUGAUGAGCAAGGCUGCAACUUUGAGGAUGCAGUGUGUGUGGGGAGACAGAAUGGAGGCUGCGACCUGAAUUUUUACAGACACCGAUAUCAAUUUGCUUUUCCUGAAGAAAACAAUCGAUGAGCUGUCCUGAAAAUCAUGGAGUAAUUGGAAGAAGAGAGGCUAAAACCUCCUGACAAAAGUGUCUUUUCUCACCAUGGCAGGGUGCAAGUGCAAGAAUUGGUGAUCUGAAUCCUGAAUCAAAGUUGAGGGAAUCACUAGGAUCAAUCAAUCAAUUCCAAGAGGCUUAGCUGAAGCAGAUGAUGAGGAUGGACAAGCUUGUGAGGCAAUGUGACAUGGAGGUGAUGAAGAUGGCCAUGCUCAAGCAUGAGGAGACCUUCAGGCAGCAGGUUCAUGAGCUGCAUCGCCUGUACCGAAUUCAGAGGCAGCUGAUGAGCGACCUGACCAUGGCCGAGCUGAGCUCCGGCCACCGCCGCCGGCAGCCUCGCCGGAGCAGCAAGCAACCUCGCCGCGCGCUGAACCUGCAGCUCCCCGCCGACGAGUACAUCGUCAGCGCCGACGCCGCCGACGACAACGACGACACGGCCGAGCUGGACCUCACUCUCGCCGUCGGCGGCGGCCGCAGCUCCCGCAAGUGCAACGCCGCCAUUGCCGCCGCCGCCGCCGCCGCAGGUGGCUCCUCCCCCUUCGCCUCCGACUGCUCCGGCAGCGGCCUCUCGUCGUCGCCGUCGUCGGCCGAGUACUCCGACGGCGCCGCCAUGUUCCUCCACGCGCCGCCGCCCAUGCCGCCGCCGUGCCAGCGUGCAAUGGCGUUCGACCUCGCCAUGGGCGACGCCAUGAAGCAGCAGCAGUCGCCAUGGCUGGUUCAGUGCCAGUAUCUCAGCCUCAGGAUGACAUGAACAGCAAGAGCAAGCUCAAGCUCAAGCUCAAGCUGUCCAUGAUCACACUGUGCUACUACUACUCUAGCUUAAUUAUCUUGUGUUUGUAGAAGAAGAAGAGAAGAAGAACAAGAAGAAGCUAGCCACUAGCUUAAUCAUUUCCUCUCCCACUGUUAAUUAAUCAAUUAUUUGUUCUAGCUAGGUGAUCAGUGCAGUUUGGGCAGGGGGGAUUAAGUCCUAAUCCUGAAUUCCUGAUCCCAAAGUGUCCAUUGAUCAUCAUUUGAUCGAUCUUGGCUAAUUAAUGAGUGCAUGCUGAUUGAUUUGUGUCUAUUCCUA